GCGGAAUACAACACAAACUGUUCCGUAUCGCACAAACGCACGUAAAAUAAUUGCAAUAACAUGUGAUAAAUAAAUCCAGUGAUAGUUCCCGUCGAAAGGCCAAUGAAUUUGGUAACAGUGAAUUUAUAAUUAAUUACCCUGAAUUAAUUACGGAAUAAGUAGGCUGUGUUUUUAAUGUUUCUAUUAAUAUUGAUUAAGUAAAGGCAAACGUUUGAUAUCAAACUUAUCUCGAGGACUGUUAAGAUAAAAUUUUGAUAAAUUCUUUACCUGCACGAGUUUGUUGUGCGGUUUAACUUUGAAGUCAAAAUUAGACUACACGUGACUCAAAACGGAACUGCCUUAUUAUAAAAUAGUAAAACAUCGUUAUUUACGUGGUGGCCACUUUGAAAACUGCUGUGUGACGUUAGUGAAUCGACGACGUUUAAUAAUGUAAUUUUCAAAAUAUGAGCGAAACAAAUGGGGUGUCAAAAGAGCAAAACGAAACGGAAACGGAAGCACUCGCUCCUGCUACGUAUAAAAGAAGUUUGUUGACGCAAAUUUCGGAAGGACCGGAAAGUUUGGACAACUCGCUUAAUAAUGGAUUUAAAGCGUGGAAUGAAAUGCUGGAGGCGGAAAACCAUGGAAUGCUCGGGCGAGUGCAGGAUUUAGAACGACGCGUCUUGGAGCAAGGGGAUGAGUUGGUCUGUCUCAAAGCUACCCUUGCGGAAGCUCUCCGGCGGCUUAGCAUCGUGGAGGGAAUGCGCACACCCCAUAGCCUAACACAGAUAUCGUCGAGUCCGUCAACGCCUGUACGAAAUGGAACGUCCAAAGAACAACUGCGAUUAAGACAGCCCGUAAUUUCUAGUGCCAAAAUAAAUCUCGACGCUCGCGAAAUCAAUCGAAGAAGCUAUGCGGGUUCGUCACUGCCACAAAGACGUGCCGUCCACUAUCAGUCAACGGGGUCGCUACAUAGUGACAGUCAAAGUUCGAACAGCGUAUCUCCCAUCCCCUCGCCAUCGCCCAGAGCUACACCAUUACCUGUACCACCAAAACGCACACCUGUAGCGACUCAACAAAACGGUUCCAAUGGGCUACACAAAAGGUGGAGUUCAACGGGAGACUUUAAUAAUGGCCUCAUAAGCCCUCAGUCAAAAUUUUCCACGAAGUCCUUCUUAAAUUUAUUUACGAAACCUAGUUCGGCUAUGGCGAAUGUAAAGCAUGGUACCAAGGAAGCAAAUUACAAUGACGAAGAUCACAGCGUACGGAUGUACUUAAGAGGUAGGCCAAUUAUUUUAUACACACCGAGCGAUGUCGCCGAAAAUUACGACAUAACAAAGGUCGCGACGGCCCCUUCUCAGAAACUCAAAUUGGAUUGGGUUUAUGGAUACCGAGGCCGAGAUUGUAGAUCUAACUUGUAUAUACUACCAACGGGUGAGAUGGUAUAUUUCGUUGCCGCAGUUGUGGUGCUUUACAAUGCCGAGGAGCAAAGCCAAAGACACUAUUUGGGCCAUACGGAUGAUGUCAAAAGUUUGGCAAUUCAUCCCAAUAAAUUAGUAGUUGCCACCGGUCAAUGUGCUGGACAUGAUAAGAGAGAAGCAAGGCCCCAUAUUCGAGUGUGGAAUUCGGUGUCCUUACAUACGAUGGCAGUGAUUGGAGUGAAUGAAUUUGAUGUGUCUGUGUGCUGUAUUUCGUUUAGUAAAGCUGACGGUGGGGCGAUGUUGGUGGCCGUUGACGAAGCAUCCGACCAUACAAUAUCUGUUUGGGAUUGGCAGAAGGGAGAGAAUGGUUACAAAAUAACAGAGACAAAAUGCUCGGUAGAUACAAUUGUGGCCGCCGAGUUUCAUCCAUUAGACAAAAAUUGUAUUGUUACCUGCGGAAAGUCGCAUAUAGGAUUUUGGUCUUUGGAUGCCGGUGGUACUUUGUAUAAGCGAAUGGGAAUUUUCGAAAGCAGAGACAAGCCCAAAUUUAUUUUGUGUGUGUCAUUUCUCCAAUCUGGUGACGUGAUCACAGGCGAUUCCAAUGGUAACAUAGUCGUUUGGGGACGAGGAACAAAUACUAUCGUGAAGAUGGUCAAGAAUGUUCACGAAGGUUCUAUUUUCUCUAUAUGCGUUCUCAAGGAUGGUGCUGUUGUUUCGGGCGGUGGCAAAGAUGGCCGAAUGGUUCAAUUUGAUGCAAAUCUAGAAAGAACAGGCGAAGAGAGUCAGAUUGAAGGACACUAUGGUGGUAUUAGAGUAAUUUCGGAGGGCCGAGGAUCUCAACUGCUAGUGGGAACGACGCGCAAUUGCAUUUUAACUGGUAAUGGAAGUUUGGGAUUUCAACCUGUUGUUUUGGGCCAUAUAGACGAGCUGUGGGGCCUGGCUGCUCAUCCUACCGUUCCUCAAUUUGCCACAGCAGGCUAUGACAAACUCCUGCAAAUGUGGGACUCAAUGUCGCAUAGUAUUCUUUGGAGUAAAGAUAUUGGGGUGCACGCCCAAAGCUUAGCAUUUUCGCCAGAUGGUAAUAUUAUAGUAGUCGGUUGUGUUCCUAACGGAAAUUGGAUGGUUUUCGAUUCGCAAACGCGAGAAUUAAUGAGCCAGCAUUCGGAUGGUCCGGAGCCGAUUCAAAUAAUGCAGUUCUCGCCAGAUGGCAGUAUGCUUGCUUUAGGAUCUCGAGAUAACUAUAUCUACAUGUAUCAAGUGUCGGAAACUCACAAAUUUAGUAGAGUUGGAAAAUGCAUGAGUGUGGCAACUUCUUCGCAUGGAACUAAACUGACAGUGGGUCAUUCCAGUUUUGUUACUCACAUUGAUUGGUCAGCAGAUGGAGAAAUACUCAGGAGUAAUUCCGGAGAUUACGAGUUAUUAUAUUGGAAUGCGGCUACUUGUCGCCAAAUUCCGCAGAGUAGUGCCUUUAGAGAUACAGAAUGGGCAUCGAAUAAUUGUACAAUCACGUUUUCGACCAUCGGCAUAUGGCCUGAGAAUGCCGAUGGUACGGAUGUAAACUACUGUGAUCGCAGUCACGACAUGAAGCUAAUGGCUACGGCCGAUGAUUUUGGAAAAGUCAAGCUCUAUUCUUAUCCAGUGAUGCAACCAAAGAGUUUAAACCACUCGUAUGGCGGACAUAGUAGUCAUGUGACCAGUGUCGCCUUUCUGCACGAUGACUCCCGCUUGGUUUCGAUUGGAGGAAAAGACACGAGCGUAAUGCAGUGGGUUGUUUCGUGAAAUAUGAAUUAGAAUUCGUCCUGUCCUCUCAGGAAUUUUGAUAUGCCUUAAUGUUUUAUGAAUUUAUAUUUCAUACUAGAUGUGCCGUAUUUAGUAAACAUCGUCGUAAAGUUAAUAAUGGAAAAGUCUAUUAGAAAUAAUGUGUUUUAUCGAUGCAAUUGUUGUUACAUAAGUUUCAAGUAGGUAUGUAUGUAAUGUCUUUUUUUGUAAUGUUUAAUUACAAACAAAUUUCACCUUGUUCUACAUUCCACCAACACUUUGAAUAAAAUUAUUUUUGUACAGUAGCUUUAGGCUGACACUAUUUAUUUUUAUUGUUAAGAAUUGUUCACACUGCAGAAAAUUCUCUUGUACAUUUUGUGUGAUUGUACCAUAAAUUACAUAGAUUUGGUUCUUAGGUAUAAAAAAAACAUUAUUAACGUGUGAUAAAUAAAAAAACUGAAAACUGUUAA